AUGCCGAUGUGCCGCCUGCUGUGCAGCUUCUUCUUGGCCCUUAUAAUACUGAGCAGCAUCCCGGCUAGUGUGGAUGGAUGUGAUUAUGCUCAGUCCAUUUGCGGUGCCCAAGCUCCUGGUGAUGUUGUGAUUGGUAUAAUGUUGCCAUGUCAUCGUAAAGUGUCUCUUCAAGAACGGAUUAGACCCGAAAGCUUCCAGUGCUCUGAUUUUGAUCUGGUGUCGUUUAUGAGAUCCUUGGCUACAAUCCACGAAAUUGAUGAGAUAAAUGCAGCUGGCUUCCUCCCAGGAGUGCGUCUUGGAUAUCUGAUGUGUGACACAUGCUCCUUUGCAAGCAAGGCGUUGGAUGAUGUGAACUACAUGCUCGAAGGCAGCAGGACUUUAAAUGUGAAGUGCAACUACACCGACUUCAGGCCCAAAGUCAAGAUUAUUUUAGGAGCUUUAAACUCUGAUGUGUCCAUCGCUUUGGCUGGCCUGCUGACCACUUACAUGGUCCCUCUACUGAGCAGCACAUCGUCUGCAACCAAACUGAGUGAUAAGUUGCGCUUCCCAUCUUUCUUGCGCACCAUUCCCAGUGACGUGCAUCAGACCAAAGCAGUGGCCAAAAUGAUGAAACACUAUGACUGGAACUGGGUCGGGGUCGUGUAUGGGGAUGAUGAAUACGGGAAAGCAGCUUUCCAGAGCUUCCUCACGGAUGCUCAGGCAAAUAAUGUGUGCUUGGCCUACCAGGAGGUUUUGCCUCAUUACCUUGAUAAUUCACAGACCAUGCAACGUAUUGAGCAAGUCGCCAAGCAGAUCCGCUCCUCCAAUGCCCAGGUGGUACUGCUAAUCCUUAAGUCAGAUCAGGUGGAGGGCCUCUUUAAGGAAAUGAUCAAAACCAACACAUCAAGAAUUUGGAUUGCCAGUGAUGCCUGGUCCAGGAGCAGGACCAUUUCCCAAAUGGCUAACAUCAACAAGGUUGGGGACAUCUUGGGCUUCACGUUUCUUUCAGGCAAAAGUGAUUCAUUUGAAAAAUAUCUCAAGAAUCUGACAGCAACCCCAGGAGGAUACAACUACUUCAUUGAAGAAUACAAGAGCCUAAGAUUCAACUGCAGCUCAGAAUAUCCCCAAGAGCAAAAUGAUGACUAUCUUGUAAACACUCUGGAUACAAGUCAAGCCUUCCUUCACAAAGUAGCUGUGCAGGCUGUAGCAAAUGCCCUCAAAAAGCUACUGAAGUGCAACAGUUCAUUAUGCUUGGGAGAAAUAAACUUCCCACCAUGGAAGCUUCUUGAAGAACUGAAGAAAGUAAACUUCAGUUAUGACAACCAGAGUUUCUCUUUUAAUGAAAAUGGUGAUUUUGCUAAUUUUUAUGAGCUGAUCAUGUGGAAAACGGAUGGGGAACAUAGAAAAUUUCAACGGAUUGGGAAUUACAGUGUUAAUGAAACAGUUGAAGUCGAGACAAACAUCUUCUGGCUUUCAACAGCCAAUAUCACGAACCCUCAGUCUAGAUGCUCAGAGAGCUGUGCCCCUGGCUCAGUAAAAAAGAUCUUGAACGCAUCCUGCUGUUACAACUGCAUCCCAUGUGAGGAGGGGACCUAUUCAGAUAAACCGGAUCUUAAUAACUGCACACCCUGUAAAAUUGGAACCUGGUCUCUCAAGAAUUCGACUGGGUGUGAGCCAAGAGGAGAGUCUUACAUGAAAUGGAGCGAUCCUCACCCAAUCGUCAUGAUGGCUGCAGCGGCCUUUGGUAUCUUGCUCUUGUUGGUUAUCUUCAUUAUCUUUUUAGUGUACAGAGAUUCCCCACCUAUGAAAAGAGCUGAGGUGAGAUUGUCCUGUGUGAUGAUGGCUGGUCUAUCAGUGAGCUUUGCAAGUGUCAUAUGCUUCAUGGGCAAGCCCAAUGUACAUUUAUGCCGUGCCCGCCAGGUAAUGUAUGCUAUGGGCUUCACCCUGUGUGUGUCCUGCAUCCUAGUCAAGGCCUAUCGUACUUUCCUGGCUUUCCUUCCCUUUGGUCAGCUGACAAGCAGGCAACUACACAAACUUUACCAUCCACCUGCAAUUGUCAUCAUCAUAACUACUCUCCAGGGGAUCAUCUGUCUUCUCUGGCUGAUCUUUGAUUCUCCUGAUAUUGAUAAAAAACCUCCAUCUCCACAAAGCAUGACAAUACUAAUCCACUGUGAGGAAGGUAACACAUAUAUAGGUUUUGGCAUUAUGUUGAGCUACAUAGCUCUGUUAUCAUUGAUUUGCUUCCUCUUGGCAAUCAAAGGCAGGAAGGUUCCACAGGAGGUCAGUGAAACAGGCUACAUAAUCUUUAGCAUGCUAAUGUACUUGUUUGUAUGGGUGUGUUUCAUCCCAGUUUAUAUCACCAACAAUGAAAAUGGCACUCCUGUGCAGGCUUCAGCCAUUCUAGUGUCCAGCUAUGGCAUCAUCUUCUGCCAUUUUUUACCCAAGUGCUAUGAAGCACUUUGGGGUUCAAAGACAAACACAAUGGAGAAGAUUCUAAGAAAAUGGCAUGUCAUCUCCAGUCCAAAUCUUGAUUCUGUGACAGAGAUAGCUAUAGAUAACCCUGGAAAGAAUACACACUCACUAAAGAGUAACAGAUAUUCCAUAUCAAGUACAUCAACUAUAUUGAGGAGCUCAGGGACGCUAAGCGAGACCAGCUAUACUGAUUCAGUGCUGGACAUAAUGGAUAUGUCCACUGAAAAGAUGCAAGCCUAUCUUAGGCUAAGAACAACAAUUAGGAAACGCAGUAUAUCCUUCUGA